UCAUUAUUUUAUUACUUUUUUUUUGUUUUAGUAGAUCGAUGCCGAAAUUUCCUUUCCACGCUUCUGCUCGCGAACGCCAAAAUGUUCACUGCAAGCGCUAAAAUAAUCAAGUCCGGCGGGGCUGAACCCGACCAGUUUGAAUCUGGAAUCUCUCAAGCUCUUCUUGAGCUGGAGAUGAACAGCGACCUCAAGUCCCAAUUGAGAGAGCUCCACAUUACCAAAGCACGUGAAAUUGAUGUUAACAACAAGAAGUCAAUUAUCGUGUACGUUCCAAUGAACAAACUGAAACAAUUCCAAAAGGUCCAGACACGCUUGGUACGUGAAUUGGAGAAGAAAUUCUCUGGUAAACAUGUUAUGUUUGUUGGUGACAGAAAAAUUCUGCCUAAGCCAACACGUAAGACACGUACAAAGAACAAGCAGAAGAGGCCAAGAAGCCGUACAUUGACCUCUGUGUACGACGCUCUGCUCGAAGAUUUGGUGUACCCUGUAGAAAUCGUCGGCAAACGUAUCCGAGUAAAGUUGGAUGGUUCUCAGUUGAUCAAGGUUCAUCUUGACAAGAACGAGCAGACCAACAUCGAGCACAAAGUUGACACUUUUGCUGGAGUUUACAAGAAGUUGACAGGUCGUGAUGUCACGUUUGAAUUCCCUGAAUCUUACGUGUAA